AUGGUGUCUGUGAUCGCUGUCUUGUUCCAACUAUGCUUCGCAACGGUUGCCGACAUACCGGGCGCCUUUGGGCCGGUAUACCCGCUUACACCUUCUCCAGCAGGUGACAUUUCAAAGUUCCUCAAGAGCCGGCCCAGCGAUUUCGUCCAUCCUGGAAUCUGGCACACCCACGAGGAUCUCGAGCGUAUCCGGAGUGGCGUACUAGAAGGCAAAGAUCCCUGGAUGUCUACCUACGAUGUCUUCAGUAAAGAUAGCUACAGCCAAGCCACGUACGAGAUGAAGGGACCAAAGGCAGUACUAUCUCGCGGCAGCAUCAGCAAUCACACAACCUUCACCUCAGACUCCCGAGCGGCAUGGCAAAAUGCCCUGAUGUGGUACAUCACCCGCGACCAAGCCCACUGGAACCGCAGCACCACGAUCUUGGACAGCUGGGGCUCGACGCUCGUCGACAUCAUUGGUACGGAUCGCUCGCUUCUCAUCGGUCUGGAGGGCGACCUUUUUGUCAACGCGGCGGAGAUCAUGCGCUGGGAGGGCAACUGGACCGAGGCCGGUGCCCGAUGGCAAGGCGGCUCGGGAUUCAGUAUCCAGCUGUAUUGGCUCUUUUCGCGCCAGUCCGUCGCCAUUGGACAGGCCAACUACGGCAUGGCGAGCAUCAAGGCGCUUUUGAGCUUCGCAGUCUACUUGGACGAUGUCACACUGUACAACUACGCCAUCAACGAGUACCUGAAUAACCCGUGUGCUGGGCUUUAUUCCAUGUUCGAGCCAGAGACCGGUCAAUCAUCUGAGUCCGGGCGUGACCAAAGCCACACGAUGACAGGUAUUGGCUGGGCUGCUACUGCUGCUCGAGUUGCCCAAAGUCAGGGAGUCGAUCUGUACAGCCAGGGCAAUAAUCUCCUGUUGAAUGGCGCCGAAUAUACGGCUAAGUACAAUCUCAACGAGACCGUUGACUACGAUCCGAAGUGGUUCCGCUGCGAGGCAGUUCUCGUCAACGGUCCGUGGGCCAAUAUCUCGCAGGAGAGACGGGGGGUAACUGCGUCGAACCCGAUGUGGGACAUUGUUUACUACCAGUACGUCGUGAAGCGAGGAUUGGAAGCGCCUUGGACUACGAAAGCAAAGCAAUCUGUUGGUACGGAAGGCCGAUUGACCGGGGCUGAUCAUCCGAGCUGGGGUGGUCUGAUAUGGGCUUACUGA